AUUCUUCCAGAUGAAACGGCAACGAGCAAAAUCGAUCCCGACACGACAGAAUAGCGCAAAUCAGGAAAAAGAGCGCGGAGGCGACAAGCAACCGAAGCUCUUUAAGGCUCGAUCAUGGCGGAGAAAUUGGCUCCCGAGAAGCGCCACAUCUUCUCCCACAACGGUCAAACGGUGUUCGAGUGGGAUCAGACCCUGGAAGAGGUGAACAUUUACAUAAAAUUGCCUCCGAAUGUUCAUCCCAAGCAGUUCUACUGCAAGGUUCAGUCCAAGCACGUCGAAGUUGGGAUCAAAGGCAACCCUCCGUAUCUUAAUCACGACCUGACGAGCCCCGUGAAGACGGAUUGUUCUUUCUGGACUCUGGAGGACGAUAUAAUGCAUAUAACUCUUCAGAAGAGGGACAAAGGUCAAACGUGGUCUUCUCCAAUACAAGGCCAGGGUCAGCUAGAUCCGUAUGUGUCUGACAUGGAGCAAAAGCGGCUCAUGCUUCAGAGAUUUCAAGAAGAGGUGAUCUCUUUAUGCAGAAUCCAGGAUUUGACUUCUCUCAAGCUCAAUUCACUGGCAACUGUCCCGAUCCGAGGACCUUUAUGGGUGGUAUUCGGUCUGAUUGACUAUCUUUUUGCCAUGGUGGUUACAUCAUUAGCUUCCAUAUGAACUUCUAACAGUCUGGUAUAUAAAAUGGAUCACGCGCCGUUUCCAACUGUAGCGCUUGGAUAAUUCGCAAAUGUUUUGUAUUAUGUCUUCCGUCAAGUGUAAUUAUACUUGGAGACAAUUAGUGAGUGAUAAAGCUGGGUGAAACUCCUCUAUCCA